AUGCGGUUGAGAAUACACUUGGGUAUUGAGCUGGCAACGGCUUGUACCAUCAGCUCGCCAGCUGUGGCUGUGGUCGGGUGUAACUUGGAGCAGUUGGUGUUCUACUUGCAUAACAUAGGGGGCUAUCAGGAGAUGAUGUUGGACAGCUACUCUUCCUACACGCGGAAAUGCCAGUUGCAGGCUUCGGCAUUCACCGAGACCGCGCCCAAUGUGCUUCCUCCGAUAGUGCCCCUGGGCGUGGGCCUGCGCCAGCGCCUCAACCGGCGUUUCUCGCUCACGAUGGUGGUCCUUGCCGUGAAGUGGCGGAGUAGGCAUAAGGCGCCUGGCCCCUUCGUUAUGCGCAGCAAAGAUCCCUGCGUGCCCGUCUUGGGGCAGAAGGUUGUCGUGGGCCCCAGGGAGGAGUUCGAGUACGUCCAGAGUGCAAUGGAGAAGGAGUGGUUCCGGGAAAGGCGCGUGGGGCAGAUUUGCAAGCUGGCCUUGCAGCAGAAGCAGCAGGCAGCGCUGUGGCUGAACUACUCCGCAGCGGUGUUCAAACCCGUCGUGGACCAGCCCCCGCGCGAUCCAACGCCAGAGGAGGCCAAGGUCUUGUCCUACUUCCUGGACAAGGACGGUCGGCGGCACUGGAUAGAGCCAUUGUCGGGCGUUGCUCGCCACCCGCACUCGGUCUGUCCCCACACGGGCGGCGUAGACAAAUUUGACAUCCAGUACCUGUUGCUGGAAAGCUAUUGUGGACAUCCAGGACCCAAGCCGCGGAUGAAGCUGUUUGACAUGGGUUGCACCACCAACUGGAACUGGAAGUUGCCACACUACGACUUCUACAACGUGGACUACCACCACGGGGUUGGCCGCGGCCCCUCCAUCCCGCUCUUUUUCAACAUGUACCGGGAUCGAUGUAUGGAGUUCGAUGAUAUCUUCGGAUGGGAGGCAGAAAGAAAGGAUCAAAAAGAGUGGUGGUCUCCUCUACCUGAUGACAUCCGCGCGCGGACCCGCUUCUACAACAUUCCGGUCAACGAGACCUCCUGUCAGAUGUCCACCGCGGGGCUCUUCGCGGAAAGGGGCAGCUUCCUGCACAUGCUGCCAUACGCUGCCAAGCCAGAAGACUUCGUAGUGGUAAAGUUGGACAUCGACGGCGGGCCAGAGCUGUCUAUCAUGGAAGCCCUCAUCCGCUACCCCGAGCUGAGCUCUCUGGUAGACGAGAUCUUCUUUGAGUACCAUUUCUGGUUCGACGGCGGCGACUUCGGCUGGGGCCAAGUGAACAAGGAAAGGAACGUGGACACAGCAUUGGACCUGAUGAAGAGGCUGCGCCAGGCAGGCAUCCGGUCACACUUCUGGAUCUAA